AGAAAGUGAAUAGAUUCUCAACGUAUCAGAAGGUUGUUGCAUCGGUCGCUCGGUGAUCGAUAUAAGCGAUCAAAUUAAAAUUGUUUAUUUUUUGUUUGUUUUAGUUUUUUUUAAUACUUUAUUAAUGUUAAUUGUUUAUAAUGGAUGAAAUCGAAUCGGUUGAACGGCUGCAAAAUGAUACAAAAAGUGAAUUUCAAAUUUUACCAACCGGAUAUAAAGUAAAUAUUGAAUUUAGUAAUUUGACGUAUGAAGUGCCAGAUCAUAAGCAAGGAAUGAAACCUAUAUUGAAGAACAUUAAUGGACAAUUUCAGUCAAAACAAUUGUCAGUAAUCAUGGGCACCUCAGGAAGUGGCAAAACAACACUAAUAAAUUUACUGGCCGGAUAUCGAAUUAAUAAAACUUCUGGUAUAAUUAAUAUUAACAACAGACCACAAAACUUAAAACAAUUUCACAAAAUGUCGCGUUAUAUAUUGCAGCACGAUCAUGUUAGUCCCCAUUUUACGGUUAUGGAAUCUAUGAUUUUUGCGGCCAAAUUAAAAUUGAACGCUUAUUUUAAUGAAGACGAACGUGAAGAGGAAAUAAAUAAAGUAUUAAACAUUUUACAUCUAAAAAAUCAAGCAAAUACCAAAGUUUCAAAAUUAUCUGGGGGCGAGAAAAAGCGACUCUGCUUAGCAUUGGAAUUAUUAAAUAUUCCAACUGUAUUAUUUCUGGAUGAACCAACAACGGGUUUAGAUGAAUUUUCUGCCAUGCAAUGUAUAUCAAUAUUAAGAUGUUUAGUAGCAUCUGGACGCACCAUUAUCUGUUCAAUACAUGCACCCUCUGCCAGAAUGUUUCAGAUGUUCGAUCAUGUCUAUAUAUUGGCCGAUGGCGAAUGUGUUUAUCAAGGCUCAACUACAAAUGUACUACCAUAUGUAACAAAUAUUGGUUUUGAAUGUCCCAUUACCUAUAAUCCAGCCGAUUUUAUUAUCGAAGUGGCUGCUCGAGAGUAUGGUGAUUUUCAUGAAAAAAUGGUUAAUGAAGUUAAAAAUGGUAAAAUUUACAAUUGGCUGCCAGUCGAACAAAAACAAAUCGAAUAUUUAAAUUCCUCAAAGCUUGAAGAAUUUGAACUAGAAAUAAAUCCGAAUUUAUACAAACACAGAACUACUCCUUGGUUAUUAGAAUAUAGAAUAUUAUCGAGACAAAUGUUAACACAAAUGUGGCGAGAUAAGAGUUAUAUAAAAUUAAAAAUAUUUAUAAAGCUUUUUCUAGCAUUUUUCAUAAGUGUGGUGUAUACGGGAAUCGGAACGAAUGCUACAAUGUUAAUUUACAAUUAUCAUUUGACAUUUUUGACAGCAAUAUCAUUCAUAUUUUUAUCUAUGUGUCCAAUGUUGGCUCACGUACCACUUGAAAUGAACUAUCUAAGAAGAGAACAUUUUAAUCAGUGGUAUCGUCUUAGCUCAUAUUUCAUGGCUCUAAUCACCACUCAAUUGCCGGAUAUAUUUUUAUUGGGUACCAUCUGUUCUGCAUUAUUGUAUUUUUCUACAGAUCAACCUAUGGAAUUAUAUAGAUUUUUAUUAUUUGCUCUAGUUACAAUAUUAACAUCGAUGACAGCAUCAAGUUAUGGUCUUGCUAUUUCAUCAAGAUUAAAUUUAUUGAAUUCCCUAUUCUUGGGUCCAUGUAUAAUAUCCUGCUGGGUGAUAUUCGCCAAUCACAGUGUUGGCAAUCCGAAUUUAUCAACAUUUGAAAAGAUUUUAAUGUAUAGCGGCUAUAUACGCCAUUCAGUUGAGGGUUUUAUGUCAGCCUUGUUCGAUUUUAAUCGUGCCGAUUCGAUUUGUCCUCCCGAUGAAGUAUUUUGUAUGUUGAAAAAACCUAGAUAUUUAAAGAAACUUGUAGGCUUUGAGAAUCUGAACUAUGUACAUUCCAUAUUAUAUCUUAUUGGUUUCUAUAUAUUUUUUAAUAUUUUUGCUUAUGUUAAUUUUAAAUGUCGUCUCGGUUCUCUUAGGUUUUUAGAAAAGAAUCGUUAUUAUCAAACGAUUAAAAUGACAAUAUGGAAAUAUGUUUAUAUAAAGUUAUAUUGAUAAGAGGAGGAAAAAAACAAAAAUUAAAUUUGGUUAUAUAUUUGUAAAUUUUUGUAAUAUGAAUUAUUAUUACUUAAAGAACUCAAUUGUUAUUAUAAAAAUAUUGAAUAGGUAUUUAGAUAUAUGUUUAUUUUAAUAAGAAAAGGAUUAAAAGUAUUACAUUGGGUUAUAUGCAAAUUUCAUAGUUAUUUGUAAGUUAUAAUAAAGUUUUUUUUUUGAAAAUAUACAAUUUUGAACAUAUGGA